CAAAAGCUCCUCCAUCUGAUGAAGACCAGACCCAGCUGCCGCAGCAACACGGAGCCCAGGUUUUCUCCGUUCCUCUCGAUCCCGGCCCCAGCCGCGCCAUCCAAGUCAACCGAGCGAGCCACCCACACCAGCCGCAUCCACUACACGGCCACACGCUACCGCUGGCCGCCUACUCCACCACCUGCCGGCUGCCGAUCUUCCCCACCUGCCCUGACCACCCCCGUAUCCAUCCUCAUUUCCGACAUUAAUGGACGCUUCCACCGCCCGCGCUUUAUUUCCUCCCCGCACGCGCACUAAGCGCGCCGAUUAGCAUGCGCGGGUGUUCCAUUCGCUAAUCUCUCGCGUACCAGCGACGUCCCGGCGGUGGCACAUGUCGUUGCGACGUCUCUGCUUCGUGCUGCCGAUGGACGUGGGCGAGGCCGUCCUGGCGCCGGCGGCGGCGGCGGAGGAGGAGGAGGAGGCGCGCUGCUGGGUGACGACGGCCCGCCAGACGGUUCGGUCGUGCGUCCGCGGCACGGUCGGCCGCGUGCUGUCGUGCCUCCGCUGCCAGUCCUGUGCCGGUGCUGGCCGCCGCCGCGACUCGUCGGGGAUGGCGUUCGAGGAUAUCGCCGGCGUGGACGAGGGCGGAGGGAGGAAGCUUGCGGGGUCCGGCAGCAGCCCCAGGAUCUUCAGCUACUCGGAGCUGUACAUAGGGACCAACGGGUUCAGCGAUAAGGAGGUCCUUGGGAGCGGAGGGUUCGGGCGGGUGUACCGCGCCGUGCUACCCAGCGAUGGCACGACGGUGGCCGUCAAGUGCAUCGCCAGCCACGGCGACCGGUUCGAGAAGUCCUUCCUGGCGGAGCUUGCGGCGGUGGCGAGGCUGCGGCACCGCAACCUCGUGCGGCUCCGCGGAUGGUGCGUGCACGGGGGUGAGGAGCUGCUGCUGGUGUACGAAUACAUGCCCAACCGCAGCCUCGACCGCCUACUCUUCCCGCCGGCCUCCGCCAAGCAGGUUCCCGUCGUGCUGAGCUGGGACCGGCGGCGGCGCGUCGUCGCUGGGCUGGCUGCUGCGCUUUUCUACCUGCACGAGCAGCUGGACAAGCAGAUCAUCCACCGGGACGUCAAGACCAGCAACGUCAUGCUCGACGCCGAGUACAACGCCCGGCUUGGGGACUUCGGCCUCGCCCGGUGGCUCGAGCACGACGCGGCGCCGCCGAACCUGGUGGUGUCACCGCCGUCCCUGCGGUUGUCGUCCUCUGCAUCGGCCAACUAUCAGUUCCGGCUGAUGGACACAAGCCGGAUCGGCGGAACUAUCGGGUACCUGCCGCCGGAGAGCUUCCAGCGCCGGGCCAUGGGCACCGCAAAAUCCGACGUCUUCAGCUUUGGGAUUGUGCUCCUGGAGGUGGCCACAGGGCGGCGUGCGGUCGACCUGGCAUACCCCGACGACGAGAUCUUUAUGCUCGACUGGGUGCGCCGGCUGUCGGACGAGGGGAAGCUACUCAACGCUGCAGAUGGUAAACUGCCGGACGGCGCCUACGCGCUGUUCGACAUCGGGCGCCUCAUCCAUCUCGGCCUCCUCUGCUCGCUGCAUGACCCCAAGGCUCGUCCAACCAUGAAAUGGGUGGUGGAGAACCUGUCCGACGGCUGCUCCGGCGACCUCCCGCAUCUCCCGUCGUUUGUGGCUCACCCCAAGUACAUCUCUCUCACUUCGUCCUCUGACUCCGGCACGACAACCAUCGCCACCGACAGCACGGCAACAACACAAUCCAAGCCCGUCUACGCCACCGCUGCUGCAGACACCAUUUACCACACUGCUGAAGAUGGAAGAUCCAGCUCCAGGUCCGCUGAUUCAGGUGGCAGCAGCCGGCGGUCGCCGCGGCCGGUGGCGAUUCCGAACGUUGACAUGCCGCGCGACAUAUCCUACGAGGAGAUCGUGGCGAUCACCAACGGCUUCUCCGAGUCCCAGGUGGUUGCCGAGCUAGACUUCGGAACAGGGUACGAGGGCUUCUUGGACAACGGCCACGGCCGCGUCCACGUUCUCGUGAAGCGCCUCGGCAUGAAGACAUGCCCGGCGCUGCGAGUCCGGUUCGCCAGGGAGCUCUGCAACCUAGCGAAGCUCCGUCACAGGAACCUUGUCCAGCUGCGCGGGUGGUGCACGGAUCACGGGGAGAUGCUCGUCGUCUACGACUACUCCCCGGGGAGCCUCCUGAGUCACUACCUAAUCCGGCGCGACGACGCUGUCCUCCCGUGGCGCCACCGGUACAGCAUCGUCAAGGCGCUCGCGUCGGCCAUCCUUUACCUGCACGAGGAGUGGGACGAACAGGUCAUCCACCGCAACAUCACGUCCUCGGCGGUGUUCCUGGACCCGGACCUGAACCCGCGCCUCGGGAGCUUCGCGCUGGCCGAGUUCCUUUCAAGAAACGAGCACCACGGCGGCGGGCACCACGUCGUGGUAUCUACCAGCUCGGCGCGGGGCAUCUUCGGAUACAUGUCACCGGAGUACAUGGAGACCGGUGAGGCGACCACCAUGGCCGACGUCUACAGCUUCGGCGUGCUAGUACUGGAGGUGGUUACUGGUACGCCGGCGGUGGACGGGAGGUUGCCUGAAGUUCUUCUUGUCCGAAAGGUGGUUCAGCUGUUUGAACAGCUGAAUCGACCAGUGGAGGCCCUGGCGGACAGGCGACUGGACGGCAAGUUUGACCGUAGGGAGCUUGUGCGGUUGGCUAAGCUUGGAAUCGUGUGCACCCGAUCAGACCCAGCAGCGCGGCCGAGCAUGAGGAAGAUAGUGAGCAUUCUGGACGGUAGCGACCAAGUGCUGGACAAGUUUGAGCAGAGGAAAGAGAGCGCAGAGGACUGGCCGAGAAGGAACGCUGCUAAUCUUGCCUUAGUAAGGAGAUUCCAGGCUCUUGGCAUACACUGAGGAAUGCUUUGAAACACGGACUAGUUAUUCAUCUUUGGUUGUUCUGGAGACUUGUAACUUCUUCUUUUAUGAGUUUAACAUCUGAUGUAUAUACUGUUUGUAUUUGUGUUUCAUGUAUUUAGUACUGAAUGAACACGACAAUAUUUCAUCAGCAAUUCAGUAUCUUGAAGGAUGAAGCUGAUGAAUAGACCACCAUACUUGUAUUUA